CAGGCUUUGCCACCCGCUCGGGGUGGACGGCUCCGGGUGAAGAUGUAGCCACGGCCUUUCGUGCUGGGGAGGGGGGGGUCCCGUCUCUGUGCUGUGCCCCCCCCCCUCCUCCUUCCUCCCACUUCAGGAGCCCACCCCGAGGUGAAGUCUCGGUGGGCUCCGGGUCCCAAAUGCGCUCUGCCCCCGCCCCUCCCCGCCGCGAUGGGGCAACGGGAGGCGGCGGCACCGGGUGGGGAGGCCGGAGCCCGGCCCCCGCCCGCCGAAACCUGUCGGGCCGGCUGCGGCGUGGGGUGCCGGCCCCGAACUGCCCCCGCGCCGCGUCCCCCCCCCGAGCACCGCCCCGGGGCGGGGAGGAACCGGCAGCGCCGGCCCCGGGAUCCCCGCCCAACCCCGCCCGGGCCGGGGGCGGCCGAGGAGCUGCGGGGGGAGCGAGAGGGGGGGGGUCCGUGCUGGGGGAGGCUGCGGGGCUGGGGCUCGUUUUGUACCGGAAUAAAGCGCGUUUUUCCACGGCCCGGUUCUCCGGCUCCUUUUUUUGAGGGGGACCUCCGGGAGGGUCUCAUCCUGCACCGCUGGGCGCCAUCGGACCGAGGGGUACCGAGUUGGGGCGCGUCCCGGUGCCACCGCCCUGCGACCUCCGGCCACCGGGCGCCGCCGUCGGCCGAAGGACGGGACGGGGCGGGCGGGGACGAGGAGGGCGGAACCGGGAGUCGAGGGGAGGAGACGGCACGGAGGCGGCGGCAGGUCCGGGGGCGGAGGAUGGCAGGGCAGGAUCCCGCACCCUCAUCCUGUGACUGCUUCGUGGCGCUGCCUCCGCACACCGCAGCGCCCGCUGUCGUCUUCGGCAAGAACGCCGACCGCCCGCGGCACGAAGUGCAGGAGAUCGUCUACAUCCCCUCCGCCGUCCACCGCCCCGGGGACAAAGUGCAGUGCACCUACAUCGAGAUCGAGCAGGUGGAGCAGACCCACGCGGUGGUGCUGAGCCGUCCUGCCUGGCUGUGGGGUGCUGAGAUGGGUGCCAAUGAGCUCGGUGUCUGCGUGGGCAAUGAGGGCGUAUGGACCCGUGAGCCUGUUGGGGAGGAUGAGGCGCUGCUGGGUAUGGACCUGGUGAGGCUGGGUUUGGAGAGGGGCAGCUCUGCCCGGGAAGCAUUGGAGGUGAUCACAGCCCUGCUGGAGCAGCACGGACAGGGUGGGAGCUGCAAGGAGGAGCCCAUACCCUUUGUGUACCACAACACCUUCCUGCUGGCUGACCGCCACGAGGCCUGGGUGCUGGAGACGGCCGGCAGCUAUUGGGCAGCCCAGCAGAUCCGAGAGGGCAGCCGCAAUAUCUCCAACCAGCUCAGCAUCGGGACGGACAUCACAGCUGAGCACCCAGGGCUGCGGCAGCGAGCCCAGAGCCAGGGCUGGUGGAGUGGGGCUGGCCAGUUCAGCUUUGCUGAGGUUUACUCCCUGGCACAGCAGCCACCACGCAUGGAGGCUGCCAAAACCCGCUAUCGUGCUGGCAAGGAGCUGCUGCAGCAGCACGCAGGACACAUCACAGCAGAGACAUUCAUGGCCAUCCUGCGGGACAAGGAGAGCGGCAUCUGCGUGGACUCGGAGGGUUUCCGCACAGCAGGCAGCAUGGUGUCUGUGCUGCCCCAGGACCCUGCCUUGCCCUGCAUCCACUUCUUCACAGCCACUCCGGAUCCUUCCAGGUCUGUCUUCAAGCCCUUCAUCUUCGUGCCCGGCCUUAAACCUGCACCGCAGGUGAUUUCUCCCACCUUCAGUGACGACCCUGCCAAGAAGGUGCCACGCUUCCAGAGCGCGGUCGACCGGAGGCACGAGCUGUACCGCCGGCACCAGGCAGCGCUGGAGCUGAUGGAGAAGGACCAGGAGCGGGGCCAGGAGCUCCUGCAGACGCUGCGGGACCUGGAGAAGCAGGGCUUGGAGGCAGUGAACGCGCUGCUGGCAGGGAAUGUGGCCCCAAGGCCAGAGGAGCUGGCUGAGCUCUUCUUUGACUGCGUGGAUGCAGAGAUGAAGUUUUACAAAUAAACCCCAUGCAGGUGGAUUAGGAGGGGAGAGGAGCUCAGACCCCGCAACACUGUUCCCACCUGGGGG